UUUUGGAUAAAGUUUUUUGCAAGUUUUUCGUUGUUAUUUAUUGUGUAUGGUUGAAUAUCUUUUUUUAUUCAAGUAUAUAAACGUUUUAGCAACGUUUCACGAAUUUUACUUGAUUUUUUAAUCUUUGGUUAUCUUCAGUUAUUAAAAUGAUUAAUUCUCAGUGAAACAAUAACAGAAGACAACGGUGAUGUUUUCAAUCCUUUUUUUAUAACAAUGGUUAUUCUCUGAAUAUUCCCACUUUUAAACAAUAUUAUUGUUUAUACAAUAACAAGUUUUAAUUUUAAGCAAGAAUUCCGGUAUGUAUUUUUAAAGAAUUCGUAAAAAGUACAAAAUUUAUAAACAAAAGUGUGUUUUGUUGUUAUUCGAUUUAAUCGUAUGGACCUAUAUAAAAUAACUUCCAUGUUAAAUUUAGUAUUAAAAGAAAUUAAAAUUGGAGAAUUUUAUUCUUAACUAGUUUUUUAUUAAUAUGGCGGUUAGUCGGAAAACACGUGUAGUCAACUGCGAACGUAACGUAGUUAAUUGGCAGAAUGAUCGAAAUUGUCAAUUAAAAAGAAUUGUGAAGAGAUUUUUUAUGGUGGAAAUGUAUAGUUAUGGAUAUUAGUGUUAAUAAUAGUGAGAAAAAAGAAAGUCAUAAAGAAUGGAGACGAAAAGUAAAAAAGGAACGACGAAGACGUCUUCGUCGUAGAGCUGCUCAGGAACGUGACGCCGACGCUGAACGUCUGAGGGCGGCACUUGAAAAAACCGCGGAAUAUUCAAAUUGGAUUAAAGAACAAGAAGAAAAAGAAAAACAAGAGGAAAUUAUCAGGGAACAGGAACAAAUUCAAAAAGAACAUGAGUGGUGGGAAAAAGAGUUGAGAGCUCAGGAGGAAUGGAGAGCUCUACAAGAACGAAGAGAAAAAGCACGACAAGAACAAUUAGAACAAGAAGAAAUGAUUCGAAAGGAAUACGAGACGAAGCAAGAGGCACAGCGGCGAAAAGUAGAGGAAGAAAAACGUCGAAUAGAAAAGGAACUUAAGAGACAGGAAGAAGUACAACAGCAAAUAAAUGAUUACAUUGAUAAUGGAGCAAAGACUCCAGAAUUUUUGCGCACAAUCACAGAAACACAAUCUAAAACUGCGGAAAUUUGUCAAUUCUUCACGAAAACUGGAUCCUGCAGAUAUGGCGAUGUCUGUUCAAGAAAUCAUCAAAAAGUUGGUCUCAGUAAAGUGAUUUUAAUUCCUGGAUUUUAUUCUCACUAUUCAUUGGAAAAUAAUCCAGCCGACGGUGAUAAUGAUUCGUUUCUUGAAGUUGAUCGUUCUGAAUUGCGAAAACAUUUUGAAGAAUUCUACAAAGACGUUGUUCCUGAGCUUGAAAGUUUUGGUAAAAUUAAAACAUUAAAAUUUUGUCGAAAUUCAGAGGCUCAUCUACGUGGGAAUCUUUAUGUGGAAUAUUUUACUGAACGAGAUGCUGCAAGAGCGGUUCGAAAAUUAAAAGGCCGAUGGUUUGCACGACGACAAAUUCAUUGUGAAUUCACUGGUAUUAAAUCAUGGAGAACUGCGAUUUGUGGAAUGGCGAGAUGUCCGAAGGGCAGAUUUUGCAAUUUUUUACAUGUCUUUAGAAAUCCUAAUAACGAAUACGAUGUUAAGAGUCCACCGAGAUGGGUAAAGAGACUUGACGAAAGUAGUCGAAGAAGCGAAAGCAGGCACAAAUCGAAUUGGGAUGAUUCGGUACGUGGCGAUAUGGAUAAUAAUAGUCGAAACUGGAGAUGGGAUUCACCAGAUCCAGAACCAGAUCACAAGGAUGGUCGUCGUCGUUAUUCGGAUGAUCGUUAUCAAAAUUCGAAAAGAAAUAAUUAUCCGUCUUCCAGCAGAUUUCGUAAUCAUCACAAUGACAGUAAAGUGAAUCGUGAUUAUGAUGAUACAUCGGAUGAGGAAUAUUAUUCGAAACAUUAUAAAAAUUCAAGUAGACGUUCAAGUCGUUAUGAUGAUGAACAUAGAAAUGGAAAUGGUAAUUCGAGGCAUCGACGAUCCGAUCAUAGGAGAUAUUCAAAAAGUCAUCGUUCACGUAGUGAUCGUAGCCGACACAGAAAACGAAGUCACGAUCGAGAAAGAUCAAAAGAAGAACAUCGUAGUUCACGAAAAAAAGCGAAACGUUCGCGUAAUAUAGAAACAAAUGAUGAUUACGUGAAAGAUUCAAAAUCUAAUGAUACUAAAGAACAAAUUGAAUCAAAAUGGGACGAUGAUGUUAGUAUCGUAAAAGACAAAUCAAUGAAUGAUUCAUCGUCGAAUUCAUCGAGUUCACCCGCUUCGUCAACAUCAAAUUCUUCAAAUUCAAGCGAUAAUAACGAUGAUGAACCCGAAAUUGUUGAAAAAUUAGAAUUAAAAUCAAUUUCAAAUGAAAAAAUUGUGAAAUCAAAUCCAAAGGAACAAUUAAAAAUGAAGUCAAUUGAACAAAAAGUCACUGUUCCAGAAUAUUAUGAAUGGGAUACAACAGAAUCGGAGGACGAUGAGAAAAAAUAGUUUAAUAAUUUCUAAUUGUAAACUCAGUGAAAUGAUUAAUUUACGCAUUUAUAAAGUAUUUUUUAUAAAAUGAAGAAGAAACAAAAAAAAAAAAAACUGUUUUCCACGGAAUGUUAUUGAUAAAAUGAAAAAAAUUGUAUAGUUCUUAAUGUAGGUUAAUUAGAAGUUUAAAGAGUGAUCAAAAAAAAAGGAAGAGAGAAGAAAGAAAAUAAAUCGAGGAAAAUAAAAUCUUGAUUAUAUUUAAUCUAAAAA